AUGACGCAAAGAACGCCCAACGGCACCAACGGCGCGCACGAUGAAGACGGGGAAUUCAGCUACCCCUCCCCCAACCCACCACACCCCUACAAAGUCCUCAACCAAUACCACUCCAAACCAAGCAAGCUACGCGUGGCAUGCGUCGGCGCCGGCGCCUCAGGGCUAUGCCUAGCAUACAAGAUGGAGCGCAUGCUGGAGCCAUCCUCCUGGGAACUGACGCUGUUCGAGAAGAACCCGCAUUUCGGAGGGACCUGGUACGAGAAUACAUACCCGGGCGUGGCGUGCGACAUCCCGUCGCACCUGUACACGUUCUCGUUUGACCCGAACCCCAACUGGUCGCAUUAUUUCGCCUACGGUGGUGAGAUCCAGCGGUAUUUUGAGGGGUUUGCGGAGCGGUUUGGGCUGAGACGGUAUAUGAAGUUGGAUACGCGGGUGGUGGAGUGUCGGUGGGAUGAGAGGGAUGGGGUCUGGAAUAUCACGCUGGAGGAUACGAAGACGAAAGAGAGCUGGAGGGACUGGGCGCACUGCGUCGUGAAUGGGACGGGGAUUCUCAACUCGUGGAAGUGGCCUGAUGUUGAGGAGCUGGGGGAGUUCGAGGGGCCGAAGAUGCAUUCUGCGGCUUGGGAUCAUAGCGUGAACUUCCGGGACAAGGUUGUUGGUGUCAUUGGGACGGGGUCGACGAGCGUGCAGAUUGUGCCGGAGCUGCAGAAGGUCUGCAGGCAGGUGCAGGUCUACAUGCGGAGUCCGACCUGGAUCAGUCCGCCGUUCGGUGCGACUGCGCUGACGAAGGAUCUUCGGCAUGGCGUCGAUGCGGAUCCUGGAAGUCGGCAGUACACGUUUACGGAAGACGACAAAAGGAAGUUUAGAGAGGACCCCGAGUAUCAUCUUGCGUUCCGCAAGGGCAUCGAGGCGGAGAUCAACGGGCUGUUUGGGAUGUACCAGCAGGGCUCGGAGCUGUCCAACAGUUUCCGACAGAACAUCACCGACGAGAUGAUUCGGCGCAUGGGGCCCGGGCAUGAAGAGCUGAAGUCGUUUAUCAUCCCCAAGUUUGCUCCGGGCUGUCGUCGGAUCUCACCGGGGGACGGUUAUCUGGAAGCCCUGGUGCAGCCCAAUGUCCAGCCCAUCUUCGGAGACAUUAAGAAAGCCACCAAGAACGGACUUAUAACGGCCAGUGGAGUCGAGCAUAAGAUGGACAUCCUUGUCUGUGCCACCGGGUUUAAUGUAGCGUUCAAGCCUGCGUUCAAGGUGAUCAACGCCGAGGGGAAAAGCAUACAGGAGGACUGGGGAGAUGGCGUCAACAUGUACUUCGGAGUCUCUGCCCCAAGGUUUCCCAACUACUACACCAUCGUCGGCCCCGGCGCAACCUGGUCGAGCGGAACCUUACUGCCGUCAAUCGAAACAACAGUCGAAUACAGCGUCAAAUGCAUGCAGAAGAUGCAGACCGAGACCAUCAAGUCCAUGUCCGUCAAGCAAGAGGCGCUCGACGACAUCUACGACCACUUCGACGAGUACCACAAGACCACCGUCUGGCAGGAGGACUGUCGCUCGUGGUUCAAGGACGGCAAGCUCAAGCAGCGCAUUUACCUGUGGCCCGGGCCUACGGUGCACUUCCUUAAAACCAUCAAGGAUCCGAGGUUUGAAGACUACGACAUCACGUAUCGAUACCGGAACAGAUUUGCGUUCUUGGGGAAUGGGACUGUCAAGGCUGGGGUUAAGCAAGAUGCGUUGGGGCUGGCGACGUAUGUCCGCAACAGUGACCAUGAGUGGGCGGUUGCUUGA